AUGUUUGAACAGUGCAGAUUUUACUUACCAGUCCAGUUUGUGGAUGAUAUAUUGGGUAGAAGAGCUAAGAAAGAAAUCAAAGAUGGAGAGACAAGUAGGCAACAAGAUGGUAACUGGGCAGAGGUCUCUUCUGGAAGACGCAGAGGCAGAAAAGAGAAAGAAAAAGAUUUGAUUGAUAUACAAGUCCGAGACCUGGUCUUGAAUAUAGCUGAGAAUGACAACAUCAACGUCCCUUAUACAGAGAGGUUUCGACAGGUGGCGCUGGUGGAGUACCUGCAGAAAAGUGUUGAAAGCAUGUACCCACAGAUUGGCAGGGAAACCUACCGGGUGCCUGAUGUGCACAUCAACAAGGGAAAGGAUCGAGAAGUCAAUGAAGAAGGAGUGACAGAACAGAUUCCACCAACAGACACAGACAUUCGAAGUGACAGAGCCCACAGUUUUAUCAUUGACAUGAUUUACCAUCUAAGCACACGGAUGAAAGAAACAAAAGUUGGUCCAUUUUUCAUCAUCAGCUCGUAUGAAUAUGACCACUUCCUGUCCAGACUGAAGUCAUCAAUUGAAGAGAAGUACUGCCAUGAUCGAGGAGAAAUUGAUAUUCUUAUAGCUCUACCUAAACAUGUUAUCUUUGUGGAGGACUUCACAAAAACAAAAAUUGCUGCAUUGCCAAACUUAGAGAGGGAGUAUCUGAGAGAUGCACUUGAUGAUGAUGAGCUCCGGCAG